AGGCAGGCUUUUCCAGGAUUCACCUUUCUUUUCUGCCGUCGCCCGCUCCUCCUCUCCCCCUCGCCCUGCCCUUCUCCCACACCCUUUGCUUCGGUCCAUCCUCGGAAGCCCCCCCUCCUCCGCUCUGUACCCCUCCCUUCAGCGGUGCUCCGUCGCCCUGGGUGAGUGGGCAGGGGGGUGGCCCACGGUACCCCCCGACACCUGGGCGCCACCGAGCCGCCAGAGGCCGGUGAGGCGGCUGCAGGGUCAGCGCUGGGAAGAUGGCCGCCCUUGCCAGCUCCCUAAUUCGCCAGCGCAGGGAGGUCAAGGACCCUCAAGCAAACCGGCAGAUCGCCAGCAAGCGCAAGCCCUGCCCGAAGAGCAACAAGUCGCUCUGCCAGAAGCAAAUCCUCAUAUUAAUAUCAAAGGUUCGACUAUGUGGCAGUCGAGGGAGAAAAAUGGAAAAAAGACCAGAGCCCCAGCUGAAGGGCAUCGUCACGCGGCUCUACUGCAGACACGGCUUCUACCUCCAGAUGCUGCCGGAUGGCACCAUGGAAGGCACAAAGGACGAAAGCAGCUCCUUCUUGCAGUUCAACUUGAUUCCUGUGGGGCUCAGGAUCGUGGCCAUCCAGAGCACCAAGACGGGGCUCUACGUUGCCAUGAACAGCGAGGGCUACCUCUACACUUCGGAACACUUCACACCCGAGUGCAAGUUUAAGGAGUGUGUGUUUGAGAACUACUACGUCACCUACUCGUCCAUCCUGUACAGACAGACCCAGUCGGGGCGGGCCUGGUACAUCGGCAUCAACAGAGACGGCCAAGUCAUGAAAGGGAACCGCGUGAAGAAGACCAAGGGAGCCGCGCACUUCCUGCCCAAACUCAUCGAAGUGGCCAUGUACAGGGAGCCCUCCCUGCAUGACGUCGCUGAGCAGAGCCCGCCCAGAAAAACACCGAAGACCUCCAGUGACUCGCCGGUGCACCAGAACGGCAAGAAGGACCCUCAAUCCAAAACCAAAACCUCCUCCUCCUAGCGCUCACAGACCUACAGGAGGAGGAGAGGAGGGGGGGGGGACACAGGGCGAUGGGCACCAGCGGACACCUCAAGAAGGUUGUUAGGGCUACCCCCACCUGCUGCCUGCAACACUGACCUCCACCCC